CGUGCUCUCGCGACUAUGCUGCUCGUCCGCGGGCCGGCCCUGUGCUCCGCGCUGCGGCGGGCAGCGCCCUGCGGCUUCGCCUCCUUCCACUGCUCCGCCCGCCGCCCCCGCGGCGCCCGCGUCGCUGUGGUCUUGUCUGGCUGUGGUGUCUACGAUGGCACAGAAAUCCACGAGGCUUCUGCUGUACUGGUACACCUUAGUCGUGGGGGAGCUGAGGUUCAGAUGUAUGCUCCAGAUGUUCCUCAGAUGCAUGUCAUUGACCACAGUAAGGGGCAACCAACUGAAGCUGAGUCAAGGAAUGUUUUAGUGGAAUCUGCAAGGAUUGCUCGUGGCAAAAUCACUAACCUGGCUAAGCUUACGACAGUGGACCAUGAUGCUGUGAUAUUCCCUGGUGGAUUUGGAGCUGCUAAAAAUUUAUCUACAUUUGCUGUUGAUGGGAAAGAUUGCAAGGUGAACACAGAAGUUGAACGUGUCUUGAAAGACUUCCACAAAGCGGGCAAACCUAUUGGUCUUUGCUGCAUUUCCCCGGUGUUGGCAGCAAAAGUUCUUUCUGGUGCUGAAGUAACUGUGGGCCAUGAAGAGGAGGAAGGUGGCAAGUGGCCUUAUGCUGGAACUGCAGGAGCCAUUAAAGAACUGGGAGGAAAGCAUUGUGUGAAGGAAGUAACUGAAGCUCACGUGGAUACCAAAAACAAAGUGGUGACUACCCCAGCAUUUAUGUGUGAAACAGAAUUACAUAAAAUCUUUGAUGGCAUUGGGGCCAUGGUAAAGAAUGUGCUGAAAUUAACUGGCAAAUAAAACAUCUAUUUCUGACAUGAAAAGCAAAAAUGUUUAAGUUGAAGGUAUAGUAUUAACAGCUUUAUGGACCAAUGGAAGUAUUUUCAUCUGCUUUUCCUGUUCACAGUCUGAUAAUUGCUUUUAUGACGCUGAUCGACUCCCAGCUGUGCUGCAGGGUUUUUGUGAAGGAGCUGCCUGUGGGAGGGCUUACACUAUGCAAAUAGUCUGGCCUGGGACAUUGAGCAUUCUCUUGAGCUUUUUCAGCUGGAGGGAGCUGUGCAGAUGUGUUUGGCAGCAGUCGUCACAGUGCACCAGUAUCAAGUCAUUUCCUUGAGAACAAAAAGCAACUGAAGUUUCUUUCAGAAAUGGGAGGAGGAUAUGUUGUAGAGACACAGCAGAUGCAGUGCCACUGUAUCCAUCCAGUGGAUGAAGAAUGGUAGUAGAGUGGAAUUAGUGUGUAAUUCAUUGUUGAUGUGCUCAGAUCUGUAUCUGUGAACUAUAAGCCAGGGCCAGCUGACUCCGUAUUUUCCACAUCCUACUGUUGGCUUAAUUACAAGAUUUAAGUUUUCCUCUUCCAUGUUUUCACCAAGGAGUCAUUCUGAAUAUCAGCUUCUUAGCUGUCACAGUACUAGCACUUUGAAAAAUUCAUCCAUUGGCCCAUCUUAGCUGAAAAGGUCUUGAAAGGGAGGAGAGAAAAUCUGCUGAUGCGACGCACAAUUUUUAAGGAUAAUGUCCUUAUUGAAGUAGUUGCACAACUAGCAAAUGGAUAGAAGAAAAAAAUCUGAAAAUACACUCACUUUCCCUGCUUCAGAGUAGUAAAACUUUCUCCAAAGGAACGCUGAAUGUCUAAAAUAAUGAUGUAUAAAUAAAUUAAUCUGUCUUUAUCUCA